AUGGAAGAAGUCAAGGAGGAUGGUGAUAAUACUACCACAGCCAUUGAUGAUGUUAAUGACAACAUCAAUUAUGAAUCAGAAAAUUUGUUUGUAGAUCACCAAAUAUGUCCUGAUGUUAGUCUUUACUGUCUUUUCAGGAGGAUUUCAGGUCCUACUAGACGAUCAACUAAGGGAGGUUGGACACAGGAGGAGGACAAAAUGUUGACCACUGCUGUCCAAAAGUUCAAUGGCAAAAAUUGGAAAAAGAUAGCCGAGUGUGUUCCUGAUAGAACAGAUGUUCAGUGCCUACAUCGCUGGCAGAAGGUUCUUAAUCCUGACCUUGUUAAAGGACCUUGGAGCAAGGAGGAAGAUGAACUUAUCUUUGAGCUUGUGGAGAAGCAAGGGAAGAAGAAAUGGUCAGAAAUAGCUAAGUACUUGCCAGGCCGCAUAGGCAAGCAAUGUAGAGAAAGGUGGUUCAAUCACUUAAAUCCAGAUAUAAAGAAAACUGCUUGGACGGAAGAGGAGGAGUUGGUUCUUAUUAGGGCACAUGGAACAUAUGGGAACAGGUGGGCUGAGAUAGCAAAGCUUCUUCCAGGCAGGACUGAAAAUUCAAUAAAGAAUCACUGGAACUGUUCAGUGAAGAAGAAAGUAGAGUUACUUGCAGCUUCUGGUAUUAAUCGAGGCAAUCAUGAUAGAAAAGUGGAGUGCAUGUCCUUCGGGCUAGGCAAACCUCUUGAACAAAACGUUAAUCAGGGAAGAAGCACAAACCCUUAUUCACCGCAAUUGGUUCUUGGAGAUACCGACGGCAAGGAAAGCAACCUAGCAAUUUCAAAUAGAGGAACUUGCAGAGUGGUGAGAAAAGAUGCAAAUGGUACAAUGAAACCAUCCUCUCUAACCAUGUUUGCUAAGAGAUAUGAUGACGGAAGUGAUCUGGCUAUCAAACAGCACCAAAUGCAUGCUUGUGAUGCUCAAGCACCUGGACACAAUUAUAACCUUGCGGCUAACUGGUCUGAUAGAUUUCGUCAUGCCUCUUUCGGUGAUCUUGUGAAAUUCCCAUUUUUACAUGAAAGAACAACUGAGCAUGGCUUUCCACCUUCACCUCUCCCGUUGAGUACUCCAUUAGAUGCUACCAUUGCUGCUGAUUGUGAUAGGAAAGCUGCUGUUCCAGGCUUUGUUGAGAGAUUGUAUACUUCUGUUAGACCACAGGACAGAAACACUGAAAAUGUGGAGUUGAGGCUUGGUUGCUUAAGCUAUGAAUCGCUUCAAAUCAAGGAUUUGAAUACUUUUUUGACAACUGGUAGAUUAUUUCCCCAAACAGAUAGUGAUGUUCGAAUGGUAUCUAGUCCAGUUUUCUUUAAUACUCCACCUGUCAGCCGCAGCUGUCCAGAAACAAUAUUGAGACGCGCAGCUAAGAGUUUUAAAAAUACACCGUCUAUCAUAAGAAAAAGAAGCUCUCAAUCUACAAGACAAACUAGCAAUCACAAUGAAAGUGAUGGAGUAGGUUCCAAUGCAAAGCAGCUUUUCCUAUCCCCUCCAAAGUCUCCGAAACUUGAAACUACAGCUGUCACAAAAUCUGUAGAAAAACGCCUGGAAUAUGUGCAGGAUUCAUCCAGUAGCAUACCUAGAGCAUCAUCUACUGCAGAUCAUCCUUCUAGCACCAAUUCUACCUGA